AUGUUCCUCCCCAAGGCUGCUGUGUUGGCCUUCUCAAUGCACGGGCCUUUGUGUUUCCUAUGGACGGUCUGUCUUUCUAUUUCUCUACUGAGUCAGCACGGAGUCCAAGCCUUUCAGUGCAAUAAUGGAGUCUCUUUGCCUUCUGACCAUGUGUGUGACUUUACAGACCAUUGUGGGGACAACAGCGAUGAACAGCAAUGCUGCAGUUAUGGGAGAUGCGACUUUGAGGAUGGGCUCUGUAGCAUGACAGAAGACCAGACCCUGCUACCUGGCUGGACAAGAAGAAGCGGGAUAACUAGCGCUUCACCUCCAUUUUGGGAUCACAAUGGCAACAUAUCAGCCCAUUUUCUCACACUGGUCUACAGAGUGGAUUCCAUCUCCUCAAACUUAAGAAGCAGAAUUUUCCUUCCAACUAAUGAUCAGCAAGUUUGUCAGGUUACCUUUUAUAACUUCUCCAGUCACCAGAAUGUCAAAUUGAUAGCAGGCCUUCAAACCAUGUAUGGAGAUCCUAUUUGGCAUUUACAGCAGAAAGUAGAGGUGUUCCAGAGUCGGUGGGAGAGAAAUGUCAUCACAGUCCAGAGCUCACAGUGGUUUCAGGUUGUUUUUCAAGCUCAAAUGCUUGCAACUCAUGGACAGGAGGAAGUUAUAGCUAUUGAUGACAUAUCUUUCAGUUCAGGUUGCUUGCCCGCAGAUGUGUGUCAGACCUGUGGAUUUGACCUUGACACCUGUGACUUGGCAACCGAGGUAUCCACUGGGAGAACUUCUUGGAUAUGCACAAAAGCAAGAGAGGUCCCUUCACUGGACUCUGUACCUUGGCAGGAUCAAAGCGUCCUUGAUGAAGGUUACUUUGUAUGGAUGAGGGCCAGUCAUGCGUCUACUUCUGGACCCAUAGAGAGCAGUGCAUAUUUAAACAGCUCUGUAUGUCACUGCACGGAGGGGAACUGCCAUCUUCAGUUCUAUUACAGGAUGGAAAACAGUGUCCUGAGAGUAAGACUGUACAAUGAUAAGGAAGAAAAAAGGACUUGGACAUUCAACAUAUCAACUUACAACACAUGGGUGAAAGCAGAUGUGUUAAUACCAGAACAUCUGAAGACAUUUAAGGUUGUGUUUGAAGGCACAGUUUGGGGUCAGAAAAGUUUUAUUGGGAUUGAUCAGCUAUUAGUCUACAACUUUGGACAGACCCACUCUGGGCAGCUUUGUUCUGUAAAUGAAUACACUCGUGCCAGCGGGCAGUGCCUUACCCACUCUUCUGUCUGCGAUGCUGGAACGGACCACUCCAAUGGGACUGAUGAAGACUCAGAGGCUUGGGCAAGUCUCCUUACCUGGGACUUCGAGUCUGGUUUCUGUGGCUGGGAACCAUUUCCCACAGAGGACUUCCACUGGGAGGUUGUAGGAGGACUGAGCAGUGGAGAGCAUCUGUUUCCUGAAGCUGGUCCCACAGUGAGUACAAGCCAAGGAUCAUUCAUUUAUUUUGGACCACAGCAAUCCACCGCAGUAGCCAGGCUUGGCAGUCCUAUCCUUACAAAAUCUCUCACUGCCUCUACUCCUUGCCAGGUGAGGUUUUGGUAUCAUUUAUCAGAGCAUUCCAGUCUCUCUCUUUUCACAAGAACAUCAGUAGAUGGCAGUUUGCUAAAGCAGAGUGAAGUGACCCAAUUCUCUGAAUCUCAGUGGAGCCAAGCAAAAGUGGAUCUCCAUGCAAAAGCUGAAGAGUCUACUCUUCCUUUCCAGCUAAUUUUAGAAGCUACCAUUUUGUCACCAAAUGCUACGGUUGCUGUAGAUGACAUCAGUAUAUCCCACGAAUGUGAAAUUUCCUAUAAGUCACUUCGAAGUAGCAGCAUACUAGAUAAAGUUGCUGAUUGUGACUUUGAGGCAAACAGCUGUGGGUGGUUUGAAGCCAGUGGUGGUGACCAUUUUGACUGGGUGUGGAGCUCACAAAGUGAUCUUUCUCCUGAUUUAGAAGAACAAGCUCCACCUAGAGAUCACACUCAUGGCACAGCUCAAGGACAUUUCAUGUUCAUUUUGAAGAACAGCAACAGCUUGUCUCAAACUGCUAAACUUCAGAGUCCAACUUUCAGCCAGACAGGGCCUGAGUGCACACUGUCAUUCUGGUUUUAUAACUAUGGUCUGUCAGUGGGGGCAGCUGAGUUGCAGCUACAUUUAGAAAAUUCCGAGGAUACCACCGCCCUCUGGAGAGUGCUAUAUAACCAAGGCAACCAGUGGUCAGAGGCAACUGUCCAGCUUGGACGCCUCACUCAACCCUUCUAUCUGUCAUUAGAGAAAAUCAGUCUGGCAAUUUAUAGUGGGGUCUCUGCUGUUGAUGACGUCCGUUUUGAAAACUGUACUCUUCCACCUCCUGUGGAGAGUUGUGAUGAACCAGAUCACUUCUGGUGUAGAGAGACGAAGGCUUGCAUAGGAAGACAUCAGCUCUGCGAUCUGGUCGAUGAUUGUGGAGAUCGCACGGAUGAGAUUGGCUGUGUACCUGAACUACAGUGUGACUUUGAAAAUGGACUUUGUAACUGGGAACAAAGUACCGAGGAUGACUUCAACUGGACCAGACACCAGGGUCCUACUUCAACAAUGAACACAGGCCCAAUGAAGGACCAUACACUGGGCACAGCUAAGGGUCACUACCUUUACAUUGAAACCUCGGGGCCACAGUUUUUUCAAGACAAAGCUAUUUUACUUAGCCCCACCCUGAAUGCUACUGAAGCAAGUGACUGCACCUUCCGCCUGCACUACCACAUGUUUGGAAAGCAUAUUUAUCGAUUGGCUGUCUACCAGAGAAUUUGGAGCAAUUCCAGGGGACAGCUGCUGUGGCAGAUAUUUGGGGAUCAAGGCAACAGAUGGAUAAGAAAACACCUCAGCAUUACCAGCAGGCAGCCCUUUCAGAUCUUAAUAGUGGCCUCAGUGGGAGAUGGAUUCACUGGAGAUAUUGCAAUUGAUGAUCUAUCAUUCCUGGAUUGUACCCUCUACCCAGAUAAUUUGCCAAAGGACAUUCCAAGUCCACCAGAACCUUCAGUUCCAGAGACCUUGCCCCCAAACAACUGCACAGAAGAUCAAUUUGUCUGCAGGUCUAAUGGUCACUGUGUUGGAAAAAUUCAACAAUGUGAUUUCAGAUAUGACUGCCUUGACAAAUCAGAUGAAUCAUCUUGUGUACUGGAGGUUUGUACAUUUGAAGAACGAAACCUAUGUAAAUGGUACCAACCAACCACAGCAAAUUCACUCCAUGAUUCAAAUACAUUCAGGUGGGGACUCGGUAAUGGAAUCAGUAUUCAUCACGGGGAAGAAAAUCACAGACCAUCAGUAGAUCACACAAAAAACACCACAAAAGGUUCAUACCUGUAUGCUGACAGUUCCAAUGGGAAGUUUGGUGACAUCGCUGAUAUUGUCACUCCUGUCAUCUCUCUCAUGGGACCGAAGUGCACAUUGGUGUUCUGGACAUAUAUGAACGGUGCUACAGUGGGCUCUCUUCAGGUACUCAUCAAGACGGACAAUAUGAUUUCCAAAGUGUGGGCUCAGAGUGGACAGCAAGGGCCACAGUGGAAGAAAGCAGAGGUGUUUUUAGGCUUCCAUUCACAUGUGGAGAUUAUCUUUAGGGCAAAACGUGGUAUCAGUUACAUAGGAGAUGUGGCAGUAGAUGAUGUUUCCUUUCAAAAUUGCUCCCCACUACUGAAUACAAACAGAAAGUGCACCACUGAUGAAUUCAUGUGUGCUAACAAGCAUUGCAUUGAAAAGGACAAACUGUGUGACUUUGUGAAUGACUGUGCAGAUAAUUCUGAUGAGACCACGUUCAUCUGUGUCAACUCUAGGGGGCGCUGUGAUUUCGAGUUUGACCUUUGUGCCUGGGAGCAAGAUCUAGAUGAGGACAUUGACUGGAACCUGAGAGCUAGCAACAUCCCAGCUACAAGUACAGAGCCAGCCGUGGACCACACCCUGGGGAAUUCCUCUGGUCAUUACAUCAUUCUCAAAAGCUUUUUCCCACAGCAUCCUGUGAAAACAGGCAGAAUAUCAAGUCCAAUUAUAAGCAAGAGAAGCAAAGACUGCAAGAUCAUUUUUAAUUAUCACAUGUAUGGCAGUGACGUUGGGACCCUCCGCUUGCUCCAAGUGACAGUCACAAACCACACAAAGGUACUCCUGAAUCUCACUGAAGAACAAGGCAAUUUCUGGCAGAGGAAAGAAUUGUCAUUGUCUAGUGAUGAAGACUUUCAACUCAAAUUUGAAGGUACAGUUGGAGAAGGCCUCCGUGGUAACAUUGCACUUGAUGACAUUGUAAUUACAAAGAAUUGUCUGCCAUCUCACUACUCUACAAUGGAAGAAGCAGCCUUUUCCCUUCCAACUGGCUUCUGCCCACAGGGCUUUGAGGAGUGUCAGAAUGGCAGAUGCUACAGUCAAGGACAGAGAUGUAAUUUUGUCGAUGACUGUGGGGAUAACAGUGAUGAAAACGAGUGUGGUGGCUCCUGCACUUUUGAGAAUGGUUGGUGUGGCUGGAAGAACUCGCUAGCUGAAAACUCUGAUUGGCUUUUAGGGAUUGGCUCUCAUCAAAGCCAACGACCUCCCGAAGACCACACACUUGGAAAUGAACAUGGUCACUUCAUGUAUCUGGAGGCGACCCCAGUGGGCCUUCGGGGUGACAAAGCCCAUUUCAAGAGUGCCACGUGGCAAGAAUCCAGUGCUGCCUGCACUAUGAGCUUCUGGUAUUUCAUAUCUGCAAAAGCCACAGGAUCCAUUCAAAUUCUCAUUAAGACAUACAAAGGACUCUCAGAAGUAUGGCAACAAAGCGAGCCAGACCCUGGUAAUCGCUGGCGAAGGGCUACCAUCCUGUUGGGAAAAUUGAGGAAUUUUGAGGUUAUAUUUCAAGGAAUCAGAACAAGGGACCUUGGAGGUGGAGCAGCAAUUGAUGAUAUUGAAUUCAUUAACUGCACAACUGUUGGAGAAACCACUGAUAUUUGUUCAGAAGUCACAGAUUUUUUGUGCCAGGACAAGAAGUGCAUUGCUUCCCACUUUGUUUGUGACUACAAGCCGGACUGCUCCGACAAGUCUGAUGAAACUAAUUGUGGCCAUUACGUAAAAACUGCAGGAAGCUGCAAUUUUGAAACAACAAGAGACUGGAGUGUGGACUGUGGACUCACCCAAGAUCCUGAAGAUGACUUGGACUGGAGCAUUGGCAGCAUAAUUCCUACUGAAGCCUUGAGCCAAGAUUCGGACCACACUCCAGGUAGUGGUCGGCAUUUCUUGUAUGUCAACACUUCUCUCUCCAGAGAAGGAUCUACUGCAAGAAUCAUUACCUCACACUUCUUCCCAGCAAGCCUUGGAAUGUGUACUGUUCGGUUCUGGUUCUACAUGGUGGAUCCUCAGAUUAUGGGGAUAUUAAAGGUGUAUCUCAUCGAGGAAUCAGGGCUAAACAUACUGAUGUGGUCCAGGAUCCAAUACAAAAACACUGGAUGGACCUACGCGUAUGUACCUCUCUCUAGUAACAGUCGCUUCAAGGUGGCAUUCGAGGCUGAUUUGGGUGGAAAGGAGGACAUAUUUAUUGCUCUUGAUGACAUCACUUUCACCCCAGAGUGUGCAUCUGGAGGAUUGGCCUUACCACAGCCAUUUCUUUGUGAAGAAGGCCAGUUUGCUUGUAUCUAUGCACUCCAGUGUAUCCCUACCUCAGAGAAGUGUGAUGGGCAAGAAGAUUGUGUAGAUGGAUCUGAUGAAAUGGAUUGCUCUCUCAGACCUUCUCCUCAACCAUGCAGUGAUACGGAAUUCCAGUGCUUUGAAAGCCAGUGUAUCCCAUCUCUCCUGCUGUGUGAUGGAGUGGCUGACUGCUACCUUAAUGAAGAUGAAUCCAGCUGUGCCAAUCAGACCUGCCCCCGUGGAGCUUUGGUGUGCAACGCAUCCGGCCGCUGUAUCCCAGCCCAGCAGCGCUGUGAUGGUACUGCCCACUGCGAGGACUUUCAAGUGGAUGAAUCCAGCUGCUCAGAGUGUCCAAUACAUUAUUGCAGAAAUGGUGGCACUUGUGUGAUAGAGAAUAUUGGUCCCAUGUGUUGGUGUACACAAGGAUGGACAGGAAAUCGAUGCCACAUCAGGUCUAACCUUUCUACUGAGGGUUUCAUGUAUACUCCAAAUUACAUAUGGACUAUGCUGGGUAUCGGAUUUGGGUUUCUUGUGACUCAUAUUGCAGUGGCCAUCUUGUGUUGCCUUGGCAACCGAAGAAGAUCAAUGAGGAAAUCUGAGGUAGAAGGCAAUCAUGCCUUUAUCAAUCCAGUUUAUGGGAACUGUAUCAACCCAGAGAAAAUUGAGAGUUCCAUCUAUUCUUUCCCAAAUCCAUUUUAUGAUGCACCAUCUGGAAGCCUGGAGACGGUGUCGCGUCAUCUCAAAUCUUAACCUCAAAACUCAGUUUCACGCAAUAUGUGUUAAUAGAAAAUUUCAUUCACUAAACUGACCAUGUGU